UUGUCCAGCCGAACUGUGGUCACCAGUAAGGGCCAACCAGUGUGUGUGUGGUUCCAGUGUUUGAAGAUGGUGCUGCUAGUGAAGAUCAUCCUCAGCUCGAUGCUGAUAAGCGGCGGUGUAAUGAUUUACGCCCAGGCACAGCAUCUGUUGGCGCAGGCCCUCUAUCUGGGCGAUCCGGACUCGUUCAACUCGACGCGGGAGGACUGCGUGUGGAAGCGGGGCAACGGGCAGGACGUGUGUCCGGAUGAGGACAUCAGCAUCUACCUCUACACGUCCGGCAUCGUGAAGGAUAAGUUUAAGUUCGAUCAUCGGCUUCGGGACUGGUUGAACAACACCGAAUGGGAUCACGCGAAGGAGAACAUCAUUCUGAUACACGGGUACGCCGGCGGUGAUGAUACGCUACCGAUUGCGGUUCUACGCGAUGCAUACAUUAACCACGGCGGAUACAACGUGUUCCUUGUCGAUUGGGGAGCGCUCUGUCAGCCACCGUGCUAUGUCGCGGCCGUCUACAACAUACGUCCGGUGGCGACCUGUCUGGCGCAGAGUUUGAUGCAGCUGCGAGACCUCGGACUGCCGGUGGAGAAGACAACCUGCGUUGGCCACUCGCUCGGCGCACACAUCUGCGGUUUGAUGGCGAACUAUCUCAACUUCCGAAUGGAGCGUAUCAUAGCGCUCGAUCCGGCGAGACCGCUCAUCAAACCGGGCGGCGUUAAUAGGCUCGAUCAGGGCGAUGCCAAGUACGUGCAGGUCAUACACACGAAUGCUGGUCAUUACGGGGAGGGCGGCCGAGUCGGACACAUCGAUUUCUGUGUUAACGGUGGCAGACGGCAACCAUACUGUGGGAACAGCACAAACAUCAACCUCUGCAGUCAUAUUUGGGCCAUCUGCUAUCUGGCACAGUCGCUCUAUGAAGGACACGAACCGAUGGCGGAACCGUGCAGUCGCCGGUGUCCUUCGAAUGCGGUGCUUUCGGGCAUUCGGCAGGGACGCCGACGGUUCGGUUACGCGAUGGGUUAUGCCAUACCGAUGGGGCUUAAAACACCACCAAACGCCUCGGGCUCGUACUGCAUAAAAGACAAUAAUCCUCCCUUCUGUCCAUCGAAACCGUCGAUGCCUGGCGAUCAGCGGUGUUGCAUAUGAUGCGGCCGGCCCAUCACUGCCCGUCGGCAUCGAUAUCCAUUUUUGGUGGGAGUCUAACCAGUCAUCCGACCAAAGCAGUCAGAAUGUUCAUACUCGUAUCGAUUCUAGCUCUUAAGAAGGUGCAUCUCAUCGUGCGACACGUUCGCUUCACGACAAAGAUUUCCAGUGGGUAUCAUGAUCAUCAUCAUCAUCACCACCACCGGCACUUCUUCGCACACAGCACUCACAAAGCAAUCACAUGGAUGACGAUGCCGUAUCGAUCGCCAUCAGGAAGUUGUAGGUAUGAUUGCAGAUUUUCACUGCAAAAGGGCAAAGAAAUAAAUUACAUCUUAAAAC